CUGAAGCAAGGCGCAAGUUGCUACACCAAGUGCGGAGAGCCCCAGUGCCCCCCAGGGGACUUUCGGGAGUUGGAGCCUUCGGAGGACUUUAAAUAUAUGGACUGCGAAGGAGGGGCCCACAGAACAAGAUGCGAAAUUAGAAAAGAAGAAAAAGUCCUCGAGUUCAAUCCUGUGGCGGUGCCUUUGACGGUGCCGGUGGAGUGA